AUGAGUGUUAACAAAGAUGAAGUCGAAACAUUCCUGGAUAACAACCUGGAUUUUGCCAAGCAGUAUUUUGAGAGGAAACUGGGAGACAAAACCCUGUGUGCCACAGCAAGCUUCCAUCAAUGCUCAGAAGAUGGUGUGGACUUUGGAGGGCUGGGCCAGAAUGAGACCGAAACCCUAUUUGAGCUGAUACAAGACAUGCAAGAAAGCAUCAACAUGGAGAAAGUGGUCUUCAAGACCCUGAAAAGGAUCAGUGUUCUCAUACAAGCGGAUUGCUGCAGCCUCUUCAUGUACAGGCAGCGUAAUGGCACCCCUGAGCUGGCAACUCGGCUGUUCAAUAUCCGUAAGGACAGCACAAUGGAAGAAUCCCUGGUAGCCCCGGACUGUGAAAUUGUUUUCCCUUUGGAUAUGGGGAUAGUGGGUUAUGUAGCCCAGAAUAAGAAGACUGUGAACAUCCAAAAUGUUGACGAGUGUGACUAUUUUAGCACUUUUGUUGAUGAACUCACUGGCUACACUACAAGGAACGUCCUUGCCACACCAAUCAUGAACGGCAAAGAGGUGGUUGCUGUAAUCAUGGCAGUGAAUAAGAGUGGAGCUCAAUUUUUCAGCAGUGCAGAUGAAAAUCUUUUCCUGAAGUAUCUUAAUUUUGCUGCUUUGAAUCUGAAAAUUUAUCAUCUGAGCUACCUUCACAAUUGUGAAACGCGAAGAGGUCAGGUUUUGCUGUGGUCAGCGAAUAAAGUAUUUGAAGAAUUAACUGAUAUUGAGAGGCAAUUCCACAAAGCAUUUUACACAGUCAGAGCAUAUUUGAACUGUGACAGGUAUUCUGUAGGCCUUCUGGAUAUGAGCAAACAAAAGGAGUUUUUUGACUUGUGGCCAGUACUCAUGGGUGAAGUUCCACCAUAUUCCGGUCCUCGAACUCCAGAUGGAAGAGAGAUUGCAUUUUAUAAAGUCAUUGAUUAUAUCUUACAUGGAAAGGAAGACAUUAAAGUUAUCCCUAAUCCUAAACCAGAACACUGGGCCCUGGUUAGUGGACUCCCAACCUAUGUAGCAGAAACUGGUUUUAUUUGCAACAUUAUGAAUGCAGCGUCAGAUGAAAUGUUUGCAUUUCAGGAAGGUCCUGUUGAUGAAUCAGGUUGGGUCAUCAAAAAUGUUCUCUCCAUGCCAAUAGUCAACAAAAAAGAAGAAAUUGUUGGAGUUGCUACCUUUUACAAUAGGAAAGAUGGGAAACCCUUUGAUGAACAGGAUGAAAUAUUAAUGGAGUCUCUGACGCAGUUUCUUGGGUGGUCUGUGCUCAAUACCGAUACUUACGAUAAGAUGAACAAACUGGAAUAUCGAAAAGACAUUGCACAGGAUAUGGUACUGUACCAUAUAAAAUGUGACAAGAAUGAAAUUCAAGCAAUCCUGCCCACACGAGAAAAACUUGGAAAAGAAGUGUCUGAAUGUGAUGAGGAAGAGUUGGCGGCAAUUCUGAAGGAACAGCUCCCAGAUCCUGAAGAAUAUGAAAUCUAUCACUUUCACUUUUCUGACUUGGAAUGGACUGAAUUUGACCUUGUGAAAUGUGGCAUCCAAAUGUACUAUGAACUUGGAGUGGUGAAAAAAUUUCAGAUUCCACAGGAAGUGCUGGUGAGAUUCAUUUUUUCAGUCAGCAAGGGGUAUAGAAAAAUCACUUAUCACAACUGGCGCCAUGGCUUCAACGUUGCACAGACCAUGUUCACACUUCUUAUGACAGGCAAACUGAAACAAUACUACACAGAUCUUGAAGCACUGGCUAUGGUUACUGCAGCUCUGUGUCAUGAUAUUGAUCAUCGAGGAACCAACAAUCUUUAUCAGAUGAAAUCUCAACAUCCCUUAGCAAAACUUCACGGCUCAUCAAUUUUAGAGAGACAUCACUUGGAAUUUGGCAAAUUCCUGCUUUCAGAAGAGUCCUUGAACAUUUAUCAGAAUCUCAACAGGAGGCAAUUUGAGCACGUGAAUAAUUUGAUGGAUAUUGCCAUUAUAGCUACUGACUUAGCACUGUACUUCAAAAAAAGAACCAUGUUUCAGAAAAUCGUUGAUGAAUCCAAAACCUAUGACAAUGAGAAAGAGUGGGCUGAAUAUUUGUCUCUGGAAGCAACAAAGAAAGAGAUUAUCAUGGCUAUGAUGAUGACUGCUUGUGACUUAUCUGGUAUCGCAAAACCAUGGGAAGUGCAGAGUAAGGUGGCAUUGCUUGUAGCAGCUGAGUUCUGGGAACAGGGAGACUUGGAGAUAUCUGUACUUCAGCAACAACCUAUUCCAAUGAUGGACAGAAGAAAAGCUGCUGAACUUCCAAAACUUCAAGUUGGGUUCAUUGACUUUGUGUGCACAUUUGUAUACAAGGAAUUUUCACGUUUCCAUCCACAAAUUCAGCCAAUGUACGAGCGACUGUUGAACAACAGAAAAGAGUGGAAGGCCCUGGCUGAUGAUUACGAUGCAAACAUGAAAGCUUUAGAAGAAAAACGAAAGGAAGAAGAGGCGAAAACAGUUAAUAGUAAAGGUGCCAUACUAACUUGCAAUGGAGAAAGUGUUCCCCCAUCUUCAACAUGUUGCAUAAUUUAAGCCCAAACUCAGCUAUUUCAGACAUGAUGUAUCACAGAACCUAGAUUUCCUUGAAGAGCAUUUUUAGACUUAGUUGUCAAACAGCAGAAGUAAAUGCUGUAGCCAGAAGAUGGUUAUGAGAAGCCCUCCUUAAGCAAGAACUCUGUUGCCCCACGAGGAAGGAAACCUGUACAGUCUCAGAGGUCUGGCAGCUGCCUGAUAUAUUAUUUACAACAAUUCCAUAGAAAAUGUUUGUUUUGGGAUCCAAAGCAACUGGUUCUUGCAUGAAAUAAAGAAAAACAGUCCCACUUACCAUCAUCAUAAUGAUGUUUGUUUAUACCCUGCUUUUUCUCUCCACAAAGGAAAUUCAAGGCGGCACCUAUCCAAAGCAUUGAAGCAGAUUCUGCCCCAUGUGCUUGCUUUUCUGCCCUAUAUAGUUUUCUCUUAGAAUUGUAGAAUCAUAGAGUUGGAAGAGACCUUGUGGGCCAUCCAGUCCAGCCCCAUUUUGCCAAGAAGCAGGAAAAUCAUAUUCAAAGUGCCCCUGAUAGAUGGCCAUCCAGCCUCUGCUUUAAAGCGUCCAAAGAAGGAGCUUCCACCACACUCGGGAGCAGAGAGUUCCACUGCUGAACAGCUCUCAGUUAGGAAGUUCUUCCUAAUGUUCAGGUGGAAUCUCUUGUAGUUUGAAGCCAUUAUUCCACGUCUUAGUCUCCAAGUAUCUUACAUUUCUCCCUGUUGCACUUCAUUUUGUUAGUUUUGGCCCAUCUCUCCAAUCUGUUAAGAUCAUUUUGAAUUCUGCUCCUGUCUUCUGGAGUGUUAGUUAUCCCUCCCAGUUUGGUGUUGUCUGCAAACUUGAUGAUCUUGCCUUCUAACCCUUCUAACCCUUCAUCUAAGCCAUUAGUAAAGAUGUUGAACAGAACUGGGCCCAGGACCAAACCCUGUAGCACUCUUUCUACACAACAGAGGAUUAGGAACUGUUUGGAAGGAAGAACUAGUACUUAUUCAUUGACAGAGUUUAUUUUCAUGCGAUGAAAUAUGCAGACACAGACAUAUUAGACAGACUAAACAGAUGGUAACAUUUUAAAUUUGGGGUUCAAGUAAAUUGUAAUUCACUGCAAUCAGGUAUUCACUAUGGGUUUAAGCUGAGUAUUAAUACAUUUCUAGUUCUGCAGUGCCCACAUUAAAAAAUUUUUAAAAGGUAAAGGUUUCCCCUGAUGUUAAGUCCAGUCCAGUCGUGUCCGACUCUGGGGGUUGGUGCUCAUUUCCAUUUCUAAGCCGAAGAGCCAGCGUUGUCCGUAGACACCUCCAAGGUCAUGUGGCUGGCAUGACUGCAUGGAAUGCCGUUACCUUCCCGCCGGAGUGGUACCUAUUGAUCUACUCACAUUGGCAUGUUUUCGAACUGCUAGGUUGGCAGAAGCUGGAGCUAACAGUGGGCGCUCACUCCGCUCCCCGGAUUUGAACCUGGGACCUUUCAGUCUGCAAGUUCAGCAGCUCAGUGCUUUAACACACUGCGCCAUCUGUGUGAUAAGUUAAAUGUUCUAUUUGUAUGCUAUUCAGAAUGAGAAAUAAAAAAUAAA